AUGUUCUACGCACAUUUUGUUCUCAGUAAAAGAGGGCCUCUGGCCAAAAUUUGGCUGGCGGCCCAUUGGGAUAAGAAACUAACCAAAGCCCAUGUGUUCGAGUGUAAUUUAGAGAGCAGUGUGGAGAGUAUCAUCUCACCGAAGGUAAAGAUGGCACUUCGAACAUCAGGACAUCUCUUGCUGGGAGUAGUUCGAAUUUAUCACAGGAAAGCCAAAUAUCUCCUUGCAGACUGUAAUGAGGCAUUUAUUAAGAUAAAGAUGGCUUUUCGACCAGGUGUUGUUGAUCUGCCUGAGGAAAAUCGGGAGGCAGCAUAUAAUGCCAUUACCUUGCCUGAAGAAUUUCAUGACUUUGAUCAGCCACUUCCUGACUUAGAUGACAUUGAUGUGGCCCAGCAGUUCAGCCUGAACCAGAGUAGAGUGGAAGAGAUAACCAUGAGAGAAGAAGUUGGGAACAUCAGUAUUCUACAAGAAAAUGAUUUUGGUGACUUUGGAAUGGAUGACCGUGAGAUCAUGAGAGAAGGCAGUGCUUUUGAGGAUGACGACAUGUUAGUAAGCACCAGUGCUUCUAACCUCUUACUUGAGCCUGAGCAAAGCACUAGCAACCUGAAUGAGAAAAUUAACCAUUUAGAAUAUGAAGACCAAUAUAAGGAUGACAAUUUUGGAGAAGGAAAUGAUGGUGGCAUCUUAGAUGACAAACUUAUUAGUAAUAAUGAUGGCGGUAUAUUUGAUGAUCCCCCUGCUCUCUCUGAGACAGGGGUAAUGUUGCCAGAGCAGCCCACCCAUGAUGACAUGGACGAGGAUGAUAACGUGUCAAUGGGUGGGCCAGAUAGUCCUGAUUCUGUGGAUCCUGUUGAACCAAUGCCAACGAUGACGGAUCAGACAACACUGGUUCCAAAUGAGGAAGAAGCAUUUGCUUUGGAACCUAUUGACAUCACUGUCAAAGAAACAAAAGCUAAGAGGAAGAGAAAGCUUAUUGUUGACAGUGUCAAGGAGUUGGAUAGCAAGACCAUUAGAGCCCAACUUAGUGAUUAUUCUGAUAUUGUUACAACUUUGGAUCUGGCCCCACCCACCAAGAAACUAAUGAUGUGGAAGGAGACAGGUGGAGUGGAAAAACUUUUCUCAUUACCUGCUCAGCCUUUAUGGAAUAAUAGACUACUGAAGCUGUUUACACGCUGUCUUACACCACUUGUACCAGAAGACCUUCGAAAAAGGAGGAAAGGAGGAGAGGCUGAUAAUUUGGAUGAAUUCCUCAAAGAAUUUGAAAAUCCCGAAGUUCCCCGAGAAGAGCAGCAAGCUCAGCCACAGCAGCGUGAUGUCAUCGAUGAGCCCAUUCUGGAAGAGCCAAGCCGCCUCCAGGAGUCAGAAAUGGAAGCCAGCAGGACGAACCUGGACGAGUCAGCCAUGCCCCCACCGCCACCCCAGGGAGUGAAGAGGAAGAUUGGCCAAGUGGACCCAGAACCCACCACUGUACCUCCUCAGCAGGAAGAACAGAUAGAAAUACCUCCUGUGGAGCUUCCCCCAGAAGAGCCUCCAAAUCUCUGUCAGCUAAUCCCAGAGCUUGAACUUCUGCCAGAGAAAGAGAAGGAGAAAGAAAAAGAGAAAGAAGAGGAGGAGGAGGAGGAGGAUGAAGAUGCUUCAGGGGGUGAUCAAGAUCAAGAAGAAAGAAGAUGGAACAAAAGAACUCAGCAGAUGCUUCAUGGUCUUCAGCGAGCUCUUGCUAAAACUGGAGCUGAAUCUAUCAGUCUGCUUGAGUUAUGUCGAAACACAAACAGAAAGCAAGCUGCAGCAAAGUUCUACAGCUUCUUGGUUCUUAAAAAGCAGCAAGCUAUUGAGCUGACACAGGAAGAACCAUACAGUGACAUCAUUGCCACCCCUGGACCAAGAUUCCACAUCAUUUGA